AUGUUGGAUAGGCAAGCUCAAGAGCGAGAUAAUGCGACCGCCCAAGCUUCUGAGGCUGCAGCUGCUGUAGUUAAUGAGAAUGCUGGUGUUGGAGGAAAUCAAGCCCAGCAAGGGCAGGUUCAACCAGCAGGGGUUAGACAGAUGCCCCAAUUAGUGGAACAGUUCAUAAAGUUGAAGCCGCCUCAGUUUCAUGGUAGUGGUGACCCCGAGACUGCACCGAGAUGGGUGGAAUCAUUGGAGAAAACUUUUAAAGUUUUGGGGUGCACCGAUGAGGAGAUGGUAACAUUGGCGGUUUAUCAGUUGCAGGACGGUGCAAAUGAUUGGUGGAAGGCCACAGAAGGCAGAGUAUUCCCUGAAGGAACGGCACCAACUUGGGCAGUCUUUGUUGAGAGUUUCUAUGAGAAGUAUUUUUCGGAGAACGCCUAG